AUGGCCUCGGCCGCUGUGGCAGCUGCACGACGGGGCAUAAAUCAAGCUGCCCCGCUUCUUCGGCGCGGCUACCAGACCGAGCGGGGCGUCUACGGGUACCGGCCCAGGAAGCCCGAAAGUCAGGGGCCCCAGGGCAGCCUGGCGCGCCGCCCAGUUGAUCAUGGCCUUGCUCGAUUGGUGACAGUUUACUGUGAGCAUGGUCACAAAGCUGCCAAAAUCAACCCUCUCUUCCCCGGACAAGCCCUGCUGGACAGUGUGCCUGAAAUCCAAGCCCUCGUGCAGACCCUCCAGGGACCCUUCAAUACGACGGGAUUAUUGAACAUGGGGAAGGAAGAGGCCUCUCUUGAAGAAAUACUAGCCUAUCUCGAUCAAAUCUAUUGUGGACAGAUUUCAAUUGAAACCUCUCAACUUCAGAACCAGGAAGAGAAAAACUGGUUUGCCAAGAGAUUUGAAGAGCUGAAAAAGGAACCAUUCACCACGGAAGAGCGAAAACAUCUGUCCAGGCUAAUGCUAGAAUCUCAGGAGUUUGACCACUUCUUGGCCACCAAGUUUGCCACCGUGAAGCGGUAUGGAGGUGAAGGGGCGGAAAGCAUGAUGGGGUUUUUCCAUGAGCUGCUGAAGAUGGCGGCCUACAGCGGGAUAACAGAUGUCAUUAUUGGGAUGCCUCACAGAGGGAGGCUUAAUUUAUUGACCGGCCUUCUGCAGUUUCCUCCAGAGCUGAUGUUCCGUAAAAUGCAAGGUUUAAGUGAGUUUCCGGAAAACCUCCCAGCUAUUGGCGAUGUCCUGUCUCACCUGACUUCCUCUGUGGACCUGGACUUUGGUGCACACAGUCCCCUCCAUGUCACAAUGUUGCCCAACCCCUCGCACCUCGAAGCUGUGAAUCCUGUGGCUGUUGGGAAGACGCGUGGUAGACAGCAGUCUCGACAAGACGGUGACUACUCUCCAGACAGUUCAGCUCGGCCUGGGGACAAAGUCAUUUGCCUGCAGGUUCAUGGUGAUGCUUCUUUCUGUGGUCAAGGGAUUGUUCCUGAAACAUUGACACUCUCUAAUCUCCCACAUUUCAGAAUUGGCGGGAGCAUCCACUUGAUUGUCAAUAAUCAGCUGGGUUACACUACUCCGGCAGAAAGAGGGAGGUCUUCCCUAUACUCCAGUGACAUUGGGAAGCUUGUGGGCUGUGCCAUCAUCCAUGUCAAUGGAGACAGCCCAGAGGAAGUGGUGCGUGCCACACGGCUGGCUUUUGAAUACCAGCGCCAGUUCCGCAAGGAUGUGAUUCUUGACUUGCUGUGCUACAGGCAGUGGGGCCAUAACGAGUUGGACGAGCCUUUCUUUACCAACCCAGUCAUGUACAAAAUCAUCAGAGCCCGAAAGAGCAUCCCCGACACAUAUGCAGAGCACCUGAUCAGCAGUGGACUCAUGACCCAGGAGGAGGUGUCUGAAAUAAAAGCCUCUUACUAUGCCAAGCUGAAUGACCACUUGUCUAAUACCACCCACUACAGCCCCCCAGCCACCAACCUGCAGGCCCACUGGCAGGGUCUAGUGCAGCCUGAAGCUCGCAUCACCACCUGGAACACAGGUGUGCCCUUGGACCUCCUGCAGUUUAUCGGCAUGAAGUCUGUGGAGGUCCUGAAGGAACUGCAGGUGCACAGCCACCUGCUAAAGACGUAUGUCCAGUCCCGAAUGGAGAAGGUGCAGAGUGGAACAAAUUUAGACUGGGCAACAGCGGAGGCUCUGGCCCUGGGCUCCUUGCUUGCUCAAGGAUUUAAUGUUCGUCUGAGUGGUCAAGACGUUGGCCGUGGAACGUUUAGUCAAAGGCAUGUGAUGGUGGUUUGCCAGCAAACCGACGACACCUACAUCCCGCUGAACCAUAUGGACCCUCACCAGAAGGGGUUUCUCGAGGUCAGCAACAGUCCCCUAUCUGAAGAGGCUGUCCUGGGAUUUGAAUACGGGAUGAGCAUCGAAAGCCCAAAGUUACUACCCAUCUGGGAAGCCCAGUUUGGCGAUUUCUUCAAUGGAGCCCAGAUCAUCUUUGACACGUUCAUUUCAGGAGGAGAGGCCAAGUGGCUCCUACAAAGUGGCAUUGUUAUUCUGCUCCCGCACGGCUACGAUGGGGCUGGCCCUGACCACUCAUCCUGUCGACUAGAGCGUUUCCUGCAGAUGUGUGACAGUGUGGAAGAGGGUGUGGAUGGAGACACUGUGAACAUGUUUGUGGUCCACCCAACUACUCCAGCACAGUAUUUCCACCUGCUCAGGAGACAAAUGAUUCGGAACUUCAGAAAACCCCUCAUCGUUGCCUCACCCAAGAUGUUACUCAGAUUUCCUGCAGCCGUGUCAACUCUUCAAGAAAUGGCACCAGGAACAACGUUCAAGCCGGUCAUUGGAGAUUCCUCUGUGGACCCAAAAAACGUCAAGACACUUGUGUUCUGCUGCGGCAAACACUUCUACGCGCUGCAGAAGCACAGAGAAGCUCUGGGGGCGAGGAAGCACAACUUUGCCAUCAUCCGUAUAGAGGAGCUCUGCCCCUUUCCCUUGGAUGCUCUGCAACAAGAGAUGAGCAAAUACAAGCAAGUUAAAGCCUUUAUUUGGAGUCAGGAGGAACCUCAGAACAUGGGCCCAUGGUUUUUUGUUUCUCCAAGAUUUGAGAAGCAACUGGCUUGCAAGCUCCGUCUUGUGAGCCGACCCCCUCUGCCAGCACCUGCUGUGGGGAUUGGUAUGGUUCACCUACAGCAGCAUGAACAUGUCCUCAGGGAGACCUUUGCUUGAUGACAUCCUUGGAAGAAAUACUGCUUCUGUUGAAGAAGACUGGUAUAAGAAAGGCCUACCUCCUCUACCCUCCUGAUGUCUCCUAGGAGACAUGAUACAGAUUCCCCCAAGAUGGUGGGUUUGAGGCAGACAGGUUAAUCUGGAAAAGGUAGGAUAAAGUAGGGGAAUCAGUUACAAAUACACAAAUUGGACCAGGAAAUUUUAUCCUUAAAAGUACAAGCAUUAUGUGUGGUUAGAUUUGUCUUGGAGAACUGGGUCAUUAUCUUGAUGAUUUCAGGCUACACUCUAAUUAAUCAAAUAUAUUUGGCCUGGAAAAGUUUCUAAGACUAAAUUUAGAGCUACAUACAGGUGACCUCAACCCUGGUUCUUGAUUUUUGUGAUGCUUGUAACUUUCGUUGACUUUUCUUUCCUUCUUAAAGGUCCUAUCCUCCUUUCAUGAACUCUCUAGGGCUGCUUUUUCAGCCACUUUGCAAAAUGUUUCAGCAAACACUAGCAGAAUUGAUCACUCUUGAUGUGUAUUCUUCAAAAGUUUGUUCCUCACCUUUAAAUCUAGAUCCUACUAAAUAACAAAUUUCUAGGUGUAUGAUCUUGUAUUUUUAAAUUAAGGAGUUGUAGAUUAGUGAAAUUUGUUUAUAGUGAAAUCAAAAUUUGUUUUGCCAUAGUCUUUUCUGCUCAAAACUGGUAAUGGAACAGCAAACUGCAAAAUUUAACCUGGUGCUGUGGAGCCUUUGCCAUCCACCAUUCUUGUGUCUUGAGACUGUUUUUCUCAGAAAGUAUAGAGAAAUAUUAGAGGCUGGGGUGGGCAUGGGUCCUUUCUGCUUUUAUAUGUAACUCCAUGACUUUCAGAUUCAAAUUAUAGAUUAUUCCAUCUACAGAAGAUUUCAUGAUUCAGAUCUGAAAGUGCAUAUUAGUGCCUUGAUUUAAUAUUCCUACAAUACACACAACCCUUUUUUUCUUGCACUUACAUACCUCAAUGCUUCCUGUGUCAAGGUUUAUAAAUCAUGUAGCAUAGCACCAUUCUAGUAUGGAAAUCAAUAAAAUUGCAAAAGCCUAUU